AUGGCGUCUGGAUACGGCCUGAACGGGGGCCCGUCCCGCUGCUUCCCCUUCUGGCAGGAGCUGCUCUCAUGCUACGUGAUCAACAGCUCCGACGAUGACGAUACAGGGAAGAAGAAGUGCGUACCUGCAAUGGAGGAUUACUAUGAAUGUUUGCACCACCGAAAAGAGGCUGCGAGAGUCAAGUUGCUGCAGGCUGCGUACAGAGAGGCCGAGGCCAAGAAGCUACAAGAAAACCCUCCGACUGCUGGACAAAUACGGAAUCUUGGGCUGCUCGACAAGGAGGAGGACACGAAGAAGGUGCUGGGGACGAGCUAG